AUGGUAAGUUUUAUCACAUUAAGUUUUAUAUUAUUUUAGACAUUAUUUUUCACAAAUUUAACGUUUAUAAUUCCCUUUUUUUUAGCUAGUCUUAGUUAUUGGGGAUUUUCACAUUCCCCAUCGAGUGGCACAGCUUCCAGCCAAGUUUAGAAAGUUACUAGUACCAAAUAAAAUGCAACAUGUGUUGGCAACUGGUAAUUUGUGCACAAAAGCGACAAUGGAUUAUCUGAAAUCGCUGGCUGGAGAUGUACAUGUUGUUCGUGGAGAUUUUGACGAUUGUCUGGUGUUUCCAGGAGAGAAAAUAGUUACAUUGGGACAGUUUAGGAUUGGCAUUGUACAUGGACAUCAGAUUGUGCCGUGGGGAGAUGAUGUGGUGAGUGUUUUUGUUAGUUUUUUUUUUAAUUUAGGCAAAUAUCAGUUGUUAUUGUAGAAAAUUCGCUGGGAAACAUUUUCUACUAGUAAACUACGUGUCAAAAACUUUUGUAAAGUUUUGGCAAGCUGCUCGAGGCUUUUAAGCACUUUUUGAUCAAGUUUUAAACUAUUUAGCUCUGUUUACAAUUUGUCAAUGCUUAAUUUUAUAUUGUUAUAGGCAACGGAGCUCUUGGCCAGACAAAUGAAUGUAGAUAUCUUGAUCACUGGACACACACAUGUCUGUGAUGUUAAGGAGAAGGAUGGAGUGUUUUAUGUGAACCCAGGAUCAGCCACUGGUGCUUAUACGCCGAUUUCCGAAGAGUAAGUUAAUAUUUUUUCGUAUUUUAAGGUUUAGAGGAUAAAGGUUUAAAUUUUCGAUGUUGGUUAAGCUUUCGAAGAAGUAAGCCAUCAAAACACUUUAAAGUUAUUCAAAAACUACAAUGAGAGUUUGAAAUACAAUAAAAAUUUGUAGGGAGGUAGUGCCAUCUUUUGUGCUGUUGGACAUACAACCAAAUGUAGUAGUAGCAUACCUUUAUCGACUUGUCAAAGACGAAGUAAAAGUACAGAGAAUACAGUUUAAAAAGUAG